AUGAUGAACGUAAGAAACUGACCCAUCAUGACGCUGCUGUAUGUGGGGGGUGUGUGUUGGGCAUUUCCCAGUUGGAGGUGAUGGACUGGGAAUGUGUGGGUGGGGGGCAGGCAUGGAGUGUCUGCUCCUGGCUGGCUGCAGCCCUUUGGUGAGAAGGGACGUCCUGCAGAUGGAAGUAUUCAUUGGGCAGGUUUGUAUGUGAGAGAGAUGAACCAGGAAAUGAUUCAAUUGGGAGGCCCAAGUGGAGGUGGCAGGUUAGGUCCAGGUCGCAGGUGAAAGGUGCUACUAGGGCAGAGGAUGCUUGGCCUGGGGAGGCCAGGGCAGCUGUCUAGUUUUCUUGCCAUGAAGGUUUAGCUCCAUCUCCCUCUGCAGCUCACAUGCCAGAGCUUCCAGUGUUCCGGGGAGCGAUGCUACCAUGACGAAGCUCAUGGGAACAACACAGAGACCUGCCACAACGCAACACACUGCGAGGUAGGGAGCCAAGAGGUGUUGCCUAUUUGUGCGGGGUUGUUUUAAACAGUUUUAAAGUGUUAUAUGUCAAUUUGUAUUUUGUAUUCGUAUUUUCUGGGUUUUAUAAAGUUGAUUAAUACUCUAUAGCCUUUUAAAAUGUGUUUGGGAGGUAUUGUUCUGAUGUUUUUGUUUUAACUAUUGACUUGUGUUUUUACCUUGUAUUUUUAUCCUGUGAACCACCAUAAGAUCUUGAAGGGUGGUACAGUAUAUAAACCAAUAAUAAUAAUAAAAUAAAGCCCCCCCCCCCGAAGAGGCUGCAAAGGACUGUGGGUGGCCUUGGCCUCCAUCCUGGACUGUGUCCUUACAAGUGGGGGGGGGAUCAGCUAAGGUGAGGCUGUGGGGUCCAGCCACUCCUGCUUCUCUGCAUGGAUCAUAAUGCAGCGAUGGUCAGUUGUCAGCCUUGCCCUGCUAACUCUUUGGUGGGUCUUGCAGCUCUUCCGCCUCAACACUACCAGCUACACAGCCCGGUGCAGCAGUGAGUGUGGGGGAAUCAACGGCACCGACAUGUGCAUGCAGAAUGGCACCAUCAGAAUGAACUUGUGUUCAAUGGAGUGCUGUAGCUCCCCAAACUGCCUGCUCCUCAACGCUACAGCCUACGGUAAGCUCCUCCAAUGGGAGGUCUCUUAGGAUGCUCUGCUUGGCAGGAUUCCUUCUCCCUGGGGAGGCUGAGCUGACCUAUGGGGCAUCUGGGCAGAGCUGCCUUCUCAGAGAGGCCUUUCUUGGCUCUGGGGACUCAGUCCCUGGAGCAGCUGAAGGGCAGGAUUUCAGCCCGCAGCCAGCCUCUCUCUGACCUGCCAGUCUGGCAUGACAGCUUCUCCCGUCGGUCAAGAGGUCCUGGGGGCCUCAGCCAGCUCCUCCAUCUCUCAUGUCUGUUCUAGGUGACCUGCCGCCCACCACCACGCCGGCGCCCACCACUACCACCACCAAAGCACCCCCCAAAAAUGUAGGUGUCACUUCAUGUUCUGGCAGGGAUGGCUUGUUUGCUGGCGGGGCAAGAGGGCAGGUGGCAUCCUCAGAGUGGGUGGGUUGGUGGAUGAGUGGGAAAUGGGAUCCUGGUUCUUUUCCUAUGUCCUCCCUCCUGCCCAACACCAGUGGUGCACACACACAUUGGAUCAAUCAUUUAAUUGAAGAGCUGUUGAGCAGAGGGGGAGAUCCCUGGAGACAGGAAAGAAGUUGGGCCCACCUCCUCCCAGAAAAGUCUGGGCUUUUUUGUGGGGUUUGUCUGCCUUGCCCGCCUCUCCUUCCUUCCUGACAGCCAUAGAUGGCUCUGGGCCAUCCAGUCCAACCUGCAGAGAUGUGUGACUGUCUGAACCCAACUUGACAAAUGCCUGCGUCCUUCUGAACAGUCCUGAUUUGUCUGGGGAUUUGGCUGAAUCCAGUGCACAGCCCUGGUGUCCACAUUUCAAUGGCCUGCCUCUCUUUCCUCCCUUGCUCCCUCCCUCUGUAGGGGAAAGUGUGCUCAAGCUUCACCUGCCAUGGAGAAGGAUGCUACAAGGGACAGAAGCACGCAGCUGGCUGCAUUGUGGGCUUUGAUUUUUGCGAGGUAACGUUCCUGAAAUGAUAACACUCCCCUCCAAACGCCCAAGCCCUUGUUCUGCCCUCUGAAUGGAGCCCUGUUGCUGCAGUGCCUCAGAAUGCAGCUUGAGCCUUGUAAGCUCCUUACAAACCAGCAGGAGCUGCGUGCCUCAAGAGAGCAGCAGGUGCCACAAGGCAAACUGGAAAGGGCUGGGCAGUGGCCAAAUGCACACCCUGAUGGCUGCCGUGAGGAUUCUGAAAUGAGAAUAGUAAGCUAAAUGGGUGGUGGAGCAUCCAAUGGAAGUCUGCUUUUUAGGAGAGAUCUGAAGUCUGAGGAAGAAAGGGGGAGGCCCGCCAAAUCCCCAUCGGCAGCCCCGAGUGCCAGCUGCCCUCUGCAGGCACCCUGCUUGAUACUGGGCCCCCACACAGCACCAACGCCUGAAAAAGCAGCCAGCUGGUUCCUGUGUCUGCUACUUGUGUGGGCCAACACGUGCUCCUUUCUCUCCUUCCAGAUGAAGAAAACCGGCCCCCACUUUGUGGCUGGAUGCAGCAAAGUCUGCAAAACGGCUGGCCCGCCCUGCUCCGCGGGGUCCAAGGUGCCCUGCUACCAGGAGUGCUGCCCGGCGAUGCCCAAGACCAGCUGCCUGAAACUGGAUGGCAAAGUGCACUUCAAUGGGGCCAAGCAGGUGGCAGCCCUCACCCCCCUGCUCCAGCUGCUGGUGUGUGCAGCCGUCCUCAGCCUGAACUAUGCUCUCCUGUUCUAGGCCGGGCACAACUGAAGCUGAGCUGGCCUGUUCGAGUCCUUAGGUGGUGGCAAAAAAGCAACUCUCCCUUCUCUCUCUCUCUCUCUCUCUCUCUCUCUAUGCCUUGGGGAAUCCACUUGCUUUGGGCCUUUCUCACGAGGCAUCCAACAAAUGCCUUCCCCCCUUUCCUCCUCUUUCUUCCAGGGCCAAGUGAUUUAUGAACCUUUGGGCUGUGUGAGCUUGCGAUGAAGGGUGAUAUAUAAAUCAAAUAAAUAAUAAUAAUAAUAAUUUAGCUCAGACCUACAUAAUCAAGAGUCACUUUCCUUCCCUCUGCCCUGGUCUGAAAGAUGGCAGGAGAUCUGAGCUGGAGCCAGCAGGUCACAAGCCUGAUCCUGGGGGCAAGUGACAGAAGCGACAGGAAUUCUCUUUUGGAUUAAAUAGGGGAGGGUGUCCUAUCUAUCCAGGAGCAGCUAUUUAUCUGUUUUGAGACCGUUUCAGGUUUGCAGAAAGCUGAAGGUUCCCUUCUGUUAUUUGACAGAGUCCCAAGGGCUGUACAGAAAGCCUCUGAUCAGGGUAGGGAGGUGAAGGAAAGGGGGAGAGUCCCCCCACCUUCUUCUUUAAACUAGCGUGACCCUGCUCUCUCCUGGCUUCCUGCUAGCUGGCUCUGUGAACCCCCUUCUGGCUCUGCAGGGGUGAUGGGCCAAGGGAGAAGGGGGGGGGUUGCUUAUCCCACCUAAAGGUCCUUGCUGCCAUGGCUGAUCUUAGCUGCUGCCUUAAAUGAGGGACCCACUUUCUCGCUGGGCUGCCUGUCGUUCUCCACCCACCGCCCCA